AUCGGAUACUCGGAAUAUUGUAAUCAAUAUUGUCCCUUCAAUUAGUUCGCAAUCGCCCAUUUUCGUUUCCCAUGCGUGUGCGAGUGAAAGUAACAGAAAAUCACCCAGUCAAUCGAUCAGAGUGAAUUUAAAUAUCACUUUUCCAAUAACAGAUAAUUGAUAUCGGGGUCUUAUCAGCGUACUCGCUAUAGCAAUACGACAUCCACCGAUAAACUGAAAAUUUUAAUUCCAUGUCGUACAACAGUUUAUUGUCAAGUGUUGUGUUGUACAAACGAGUGUAAGAUAUUCGGCUCAGACCAUUCAAUUGCUGAAACAUUUUUCGAGGACAGAAUGGCGCAAAGUGAUCAGAAACAACACAUAGACUCAUCAAAUACUGUAUUCCACACACAGCAGCAGGUGUAUCACCAACAAAUUAUCAUAGAAAAUGCGGUGAGAGAUGUGGAUCUAUCCUACUGCGAAUUUCAUCAGAAGAACAAGCCACAAAGCAAUUCGGUUGCGGGAGGUAUAUUACUGCUGUUCGUUAGUGGAAUGCACAUUGGUUGGGGAAUAUGGAGAAUUCUACUGACGGAACCAUGGACAUUUAACGUAUCUGAUGUGGGAAUGGUUCAGUUCCUUUUCAUGUCUUGGUUUGUAUUUGCUGUAGUUGGUUCAGUAGUUGGUGCUGUUCUUGUUACCCGCGUUACGAAGAAGUCCAUCUACUACAUUGGGGGUGCCCUGUUAGUCCCCAGCAGUAUAAUAUUUAUUGCCUUGAGCAAAGAAUACAGAGCCAUAAUUGCUGCAAGAUGCCUUGCUGGCUUCGCACACGGAAUCGUUUACAGUGCCACCAUAACUCAUGCAACCGAAAAUGUGGUGAAAGAAACUCGUGGAAUGCUUUUGUCGAGCAUAAACUGCGUCAUGUUUUCCGGAGUGUUUGUGUCCAGCACAUUGGUAGCUACCGUAUCGAGUGAUUACACUGCGGACAUGACUGGUGUAUUUGGCAUAAUCGCACUGGCGGUCACCGUUUUAGCGGUCGUGUGCACCAUUUUUCUGACCUACGAAUCGGUACCGUUUCUGCUCCGACGUGGCAACGAAUCCGAGGCGAUUAUCAAUCUAUUGAAACUGAGAAACGAAUCGUUUAUGACACCGAAACUGACUCACGAUUUGGAGGAAAUGAAACUGAUGGUUGGCCAGGACGUGAGGGAAAAUGCAAAUAUUUUAGCCGAUGGAAAUGCGUCCGUGACGGGCAAAAUGAUUACUCUGCGAGUCCUAGCAGUGAUGACAAACAACUUUAUGAUCAAUUACACCCUGAUCAGUAUGGUGGCAUUGCUGUUCGAUUUGGAUAAUUAUCAUAUGGCGCCGGCGGUUUUGUCCGGAUCUAGAUUCAUCGGAUCACUAGUUCCGGUAUUUUCGACCGAUUUCUUCAAGCGCAAGUCACAUCUGGCCGUGUCCAGUGUUACAUCCGGUUCAUUAUUACUGGUAUUGGCCAUAAUUGUCGAAACCGUUUCGUUUGCGUCGUCAUCGUCGUACUGGAUUCUCGGUGUGCUAAGCAUAGCAUUUCAAUUAUUCGUUUCCAUUGGCAUCGAUCCUUUGCAACACUUACUGCUCUCUGAAGCAUUUUCUACGUCCAAAAAAGCAUGGUCAAUGGCCUUGGUCACAUCAGUCGAGUACUGCCUUCAAAUCCUAUUUGUCGGACUUCUAUUUCUCCCUCCAAUGACUGCCUUGCGACUGAAUGUGCUACGAUUCAUUACAGUGGGUAUAAUGUUGGUGUUAGCACUGUUUCUGCAGUUGGCUCUUCCUGAGACGUUUAAGAAGUCCAUCAAAGAAACAAGAGACUUGUUCCGGAAGUGACUUCGUUUAUCCCUCCCACAUUCGAGUUUACUGUUGCGGCGAAAAUAAUUUUCUUUUUUGAAAUAAAUUUACGAUUUGUGGGACACCAUCCGACAAUUGUAGACAAAAAAUUUUCACUUGAGUAACCAGAAUCAGUCGAACGAAGUCACCGUAUAGUCAACUCAGUAGCCUCAAUUUCAGGCACGAUCACAGCAACAUUUUCAUUUUCUCUCAUUCAAUAUUUGAACUUCGGAACAGCCGGACAAUUUCUAAGUUUUCCUAAAAUUUAAAUUUUUCCUUUUUUGCAUUUUCAAAAUGUUGUCUUCUCGUUUGGAAGCGGUAUUCGAUGAGUUUUUAAGCAAAGUGAAGGAGGAGUUUCACAUGGCCAAGACGGUCGAUGGUGACCAGAAAAAAAUUCGGAAAAAUUCAAUCGCCCCAAAUUAUGGCUACAGAGACGAAAAAUCGAGUCGCCUGGACGACCAUCCAUCGUUCACAUUCAAGAAGCGGAAUCUACUGCCCGGCUGGUAUGCACCAUUACAGAGCCUGUCCACCGAACUGAAAACGAAAUUCCCCAAAAAGUUCGACAAAUACGAGAAAAAUCUCACCAAUGUGGGCAUCGAAGGUCGCGACGGGAACAUUAACCGGAGACCGGAUGAACUUCGCGACUAUCGCAAACGUGAUCAUCCCGCCGUUCUAGUGUCAAAUGCGGAACCGAAUGUGAAAAAAUGUAUUUGCAAGCAUCACAAGACCUACGCGGAACAUAUCUACGAUCUGCCGGGCAAGUCAAGAUUCGCCAGAAAUUCGCAAAAUUUUAGGGUUGAAGGAACGAUGAUGCGGCCCAAAACUCACGCUGGUCAUCCGGCAAAGAAAGUGGUUCCAAUGUCUGCAUUUACGUUAACAUCCGUCUCGGAGACUAAUUCAAGCAGUUAAUCAUUCAGAUUUCGUUGUGUACAAAAAUUGUUGUCGUAAAUAAUAGAAACUCGUAAAUUGAUCAA